AUAUCCCCGCCGCUGACCCCGACGUUUCCGGAAAAUCAAGCGUGUAAAAUCCGUUAGGAUAUCUUCAUGCGGAUAACUGAGCAGACGACGAGAUUUGGCUCGUGCCAAUAGAUUCAGGAUCCGAGGGGCACACCAAUAGGGGUGACAACGACGCCCCUCCUAGCGCACGCUCGCGGCGUCGCAGGGGCGGAGGGACAGACCCUAUUGGGGAGUUUAUAAUCCGGGUCGCCGGAAUGCACCCAACAGUGAAAUGUGAAGAACCGUGCCAGUCGCUCGUUGAAGACUGUGAGGCAUGCCUCGCAUGCAAUUCCAACACCAUGACAUGGAAUUCGAAACGUUUCGCAACAGUUAUCAGCCGGCAGUCCUCCAGAGACUGGGCUUCGAGUCGCACUUCCUAUCCAGCACGGCGUUCCAUCUUCAACACCUCCAAUACGUCCAGCGUUCCUACUCGGAGCCUCUGGAACUGACAACCUCGUAUCCUCUGGACUUGAGCUUGAAGACUCAAGCUCCCAUAACACCGCCAUGUACACCUUCGCCUGGCAUCAAACGACAACAUUCCCCAACACCAGAACUCCCGACCAAGAAGAAGGUUACACAGACAUCAUUCAGUACCAAGAAAACGAACAAGGCUACUAGGAAACUGAACUUCGACGAAGACAACAGUUCCCCAGUGUCUGGCACCAUCAUCCGCGAACUUGGACCUGACGAAAAUCUGGUAGUACGCAAAGGAGACAUAGAUCCAGCCUUCAACGUCGUGGAGGUAACCGAAGAGGCCAAAGCAGAAAUCGCCAAGAUAGAGAACCACAUCGGUGACUACGUUUGUAGACUCUGCAAAGAACUGUACGAAGACGCCUUCGGACUUGCACAACACAGAUGUUCCAGAAUCGUUCACGUAGAAUACAGAUGUCCGGAAUGUGACAAAGUAUUCAACUGUCCCGCCAACCUGGCGUCCCAUCGCAGGUGGCACAAACCCAGACCAUCGAAAGAGGCCAAAACCGAGGAAGUCAAAGAGGACGAUAUGUCCGAGCAAUUCACGUGUUCCGAAUGUGGGAAGCGGUUCAAGAGGAUUGCCUACCUAAGGAAACAUCAGACGGUACAUCAGAUUGAAUGACAAAGGCUUGUACCAGUGAGGCCGAUACCAAGAAUGCCCACGAAGCUGUGGAGGCCUCCCCCGUUGCCUCCACCGCCUUGCAACCUACUCUCUGAAAGGUACGUCCCGAAUUUCACUUGGAUGAAUCAUUUUUGAAACGCUGGUCAGUUUAAAAUCUCGUUUUUGGAUCAAUAAGAAUUCAGUCACGAUUUCUAGUCAAAAACAUUUGUUCUAGUCAUAUUCUAAUAGUGUACCUACAGUACAUGAUGUAUAUUUUUAAUUUUAAACAAAUAAUUAUUAUUUUUGUAUAUCAUAGCCACGAGAAACCUGAUUUCUAGUCAAUUUUUCUAGUCACAAAACAUUUAUUCUAGUCAUUUUUAGUAUAUAAUAUAUAUUUUUAAAUUUUAAGAAAUUAUCAUUAUUUUUCAUAUAGUCAGUAUCAGUCUAUAUUUUGCUAAGUAACUUAUUAAUUAACCUUCAGAGAAGACACUUGAUCUAGUUAAUGUGCAGUGUUUUCCUGAAGAAAGUAUCUAGUCAGAAUCUAGUCAACAAUAUUUCGCUGCUAACGCAACAAACCAUUAUAAUUAAUUUGAAUCUAGUCAUUAUUUCAAAGGUCGAUCCUAUAUUGCCAAAAUCUAGUCGAAAAUCUAGUCUUACAUUAGAGUAUAUUAUUAUGUAGUAAACACUGCUGGCAUGUCAUAAUUUAAGAAAAUUGUAUGCUCUUGUAAAUAUCUUUCAACCCCAAUCGUGGCUGAAUUCCAUAUCAUACCAUUAAUGUUACUUAUAACUCUUAAAAAAAUUGUGAUAUUAAUUUCUAAGAUAGGAUAUCCUUAGGUUAGUCCACCUAAUACGUUUUUAUUUUCAAUUUUUUCUCUUGAAUUGCAAACGACCAUUCAAAGUAGAAUUUUUCAAAAAUAAUCCACACGCCUGAAUUUUCCAUCACACGAAUUGAAGUUGUUGUUUUCAGAUUUUUACUUUGUGAGAUAUCAGUUAUCCGUUGGUCUGUUUGGUACCUAUCAAUUAUAGGUCGUUGAAACCAAUAUUUUUUUAGAUGUUUUCAUCAUAGUGAAGAUCGUAAUAUUGUGAUUCUUCCUUGGAAAUAGGAUAGAUUUUCGUUGGAUUGUUGAAACCUACAAAGUUGUAGGAUGUUGAAACCAAAUGAUCCGUUUAUUUUAUUUCUCAAUUGAAGAAUUAAUUUGCGAAUUUGUGUGGGGAAAAUUCAGUACGUCAUCCAGCAGCAAUCAUCUACAAAUCCGAACAUAUUUUCUGCAAAUUUGAUGAGGAAAAAUUUAGUAUAAGAAUCUGAAGUGCAGGCAGGACGAUAGUUUGCAAUAAACUAAGAGCACAUUGAAAAUUAAUUUCACCGAUUGAAUGUUAACGCCAAUGUCUUGACAUUAUUUGUAGAAAAUAGCAAUGGAAUUCGUGAAUUUGGAGCUGCCAUUAAAUUUAUAUCUAUUCGAGGACUUGUGCCAGUAUUGUAUAGUGUAAAACUUCGAUAAUGUUCUGCCUAUAUAUUUUUUUGAUUUACUUAUUUCGAAACUAUUUGAAAUCAUGAAUUCACACAACUAGUCACCUGAAUGGUUUUGAGCCAUAAUGAUUUAUAUGUAUGUAUGUAAAGGAAAUAUAUUUUUUAUUUUGUAUGAUUUAUAAAUUUAACAAGAUGUAGAUAUGUAUUUCAUCUGAAGAAGCGAGUGUUUCUAGUCAAACGUAGUGAGCCACAGGCAUUUAUUAAGGUUAAUUUAUGUGAAAUAAUGCCAAAUGAUCUCGGCCUGUGGAUGUAGAAUAUUUAAGAUUCUGUAAAAAUUUGUAAAUAUAUGAAAAAUGUGUUGGUUUUUUAAUAAAAAAUAUAUGACA